AAGCCGGUGCCAGCCGGCCGCCGUGGAGCGGCAGCUCCGCCGCCGCCCUCACGACAGCCCAGCCGGCCCGCCACCCGUUUCGCCAGCGCCUCCUGGUCGAUACGGUAAAUUCCCCAGCGAGCUCGGGCGCGCGCCGCGCGUGACCACCGCGCAACCGCGCCAGCGACAAAGGCAGGAGCGGAUUGAUUGCGCGAGCCCCCACCGGCGUUAACCCGCCCGCCCCACCGGCACACAGCUCGCCGAGCCGGCCACCGCUUGCGCGAGGAUAUCCACGGCCCACAGCACGCGCCGGAGCGUCGGUUCACGCGCGCGGCAGCUAGCGGGCGCGCUCUGUCGCUAGCAGGUGCCCCGCCGGGCGGUGUCCUACUUGUCCUGCACUGACCGAUCGAGCUAGCUAGGGGGUGAGGAGGGGCUGAGGGCCGAGUGGAUAGCAGCAGGGCCAAUGGCGAUGGCGAUGCUGCUGUGCGGGAAGGAGGAGAAGGUGCUGGGCGCGCAGAAGGCACCCGGGAGCUGCCCGUACUGCGGCGGCGGGGUGGCGGCGACGGACGUGGAGGCCAAGUGGGUGCUCUGCUGCCUCCCGCUCUGCCGCAGGACCAAGCGGAGGUUCGCUUGCACCGCCUGCGCCCGGCGCCUCGUCACCUACCCGGCCAUCCUGCACGACGACUAGCCGGCCAGCAGCCGCCCGGAGGGAGGAGGUCGGCGUCGGCAGGGAUGAUCCUUCUCUUCAUGUGUCCUCUUCCCCCUCGCGUCGUCGUUGUCGUCGUCGUCUCCUCACCCCCGGUCGGGUCUCCGGAUGAAGCGAGGAGGAUGGUGGCGAUGUGGGGUUUUUGGUCGGUCGGUCGACCGUUUUGGUAAGAACUCGGAUUCUCUAUUCGGCAACAUCGCCAUCGCUAGCGACUCCAUUCUCAGCGCGGACAUGCAUGUUCUUGAACGUGUACUCUUUGGUAAUCAAUGAGAUCGGUCGCCCGUGGCUAUGUUUUUGCGAA